GUCAAUAAGUGCAAAAUAUGGAACGAUAAGUUCUCUCUCUCUCUCCGUCUCCGUCUCCUCCUCUUCUGAGUCCCGGCGGGUGCUACAGCUGCCCGCCUUUUGUCCAGCAAUGGCUACAAUUCCUAUUUCUUACUGCACUUCCGUAAGAAAACCUCAUCUCUACACAAAAUUCUCUUUCUUUGCCAUCUCUUCAAGAAUCUCGAGAUUCCGUAUUGUCUCCUCUGCGGUUAGACCUCCAUUAAACGGACAGGAUGAGUGGCUGAGGGCCUUGGAUUGGCAUAUGAUCUGCAACCGGCUGUCGGAGUUCACAUCUACCACCAUCGGACUCAGCGUCACUCAGAACGGAAGUGUACCCUUCGGACGAACACGUGAGGAAAGCCAAGAGCUUCUACGCCAGACAAUGGCUGCAGUUCAACUUCCUCGCCCACUUGAUUUUUCUGGCAUUUUCGACAUCUCGAGGGUCGUGGAGGCCUCCCUUUCAGGGAAAUUAUGCAACAUCCAGGAGCUCUGCACCGUCCGGCGGACUCUUGAGUCUGCGCGAAGCAUCCUUGUGCAGUUGGAAGCGGCUUCCUCGCAUGGAUCUUCCAACAGGUACAACCCUCUUCUUAAGCUAUUCGAGGGCUCAGAUUUCUGCGACAAAUUGGAGUCCCAAAUUGGCUUCUGCUUAGAUUGUAGCGUUUCUGUGGUUUUAGACCGAGCAAGCGAGAAACUCAAAGACAUCCGGGCGGAAAGGAGGAAGAACAUGGAUGAGCUGGAGACCCUACUGAAGGGCAUAGCGGAGAUGGUCUCGAGGUCCAAAGGCGUUAACGUUAAGCCUCUGAUUACCAGGCGGCGGUCUCGAAUGUGCGUGGGCGUUAGAGCUACGCACAGGUCCCUGCUCCCUGAUGGCGUAAUCCUGGACGUUAGUAGCUCGGGGGCUACCUACUUCAUGGAGCCGAGGGAGGCGGUGGAGUUGAACAACAAAGAAGUGAGGCUAUUGAACGCAGAGAGAAGCGAGGAGGUCGCCGUACUGAGCAUGCUGACAGCUCUCGUGGCGGAGUCCGUCGCGAAACUGAGAGGGCUAAUGGACAGGAUCCUGCAGUUGGAUCUUGCAUCUGCGAGGGGUUCGUAUGCAAGAUGGUUGGACGGCGUCUGCCCCGAUCUAGUUGAUUGUCGCAGAAACGAUGGAGCCCAAGAAGAAGAUGAGAAAAGGGAUGAGUUGUCUAUCGACAUCGAGAGCAUUCGGCACCCUCUUCUGGUUCGGUCAGGCUUGCCUUCAUUGUCGAAGAACCGCCAUCACCCUUGUCGUUCAGAUGAACUGGAGGGAGCUGGUGAUUCUUCUCCGAUGGAACGGGAUGGACUGUUAGGAGAUGAAAAGGAGUUUCCCGUCCCUUUAGAUAUAAAAAUAAAAAAUGGGGCCAAGGUGGUGGUUAUUUCCGGACCAAACACUGGAGGAAAAACUGCAACCAUGAAGACGCUUGGGUUGGCAUCUCUCAUGGCUAAGGCGGGCAUGUUUCUGCCUGCGAAGAACCAGCCAAAGCUGCCAUGGUUCGAUUAUGUUCUAGCCGAUAUUGGAGAUCACCAGUCAUUGGAACACAAUUUAUCGACCUUCAGUGGGCACGUUUCUCGUCUCUGUAAGAUACUGGCAACGGCUUCACCGCAAUCACUUGUUCUCGUUGAUGAGAUCGGAAGUGGCACCGACCCCUCAGAAGGUGUGGCUCUUUCCGUCAGCAUCCUACAGCAUCUUGCGCAUAAAGUUAAUCUGACGGUGGUGACUACCCAUUGUACGGACUUGAGUCGACUUAAAAAUUCAGAUGCCCGGUUUGAAAAUGCAGCCAUGGAGUUCAGUUUGGAGAUACUGCAGCCUACGUACCGGAUUCUGUGGGGAACAACUGGAGAUUCAAAUGCCUUAAGUAUAGCUAGACGAAUUGGCUUUGAUAAAGCAGUGCUGAACUGUGCACAUGAAUGGAUCGAUAAGUUGAUGCCUAACAAAAACAAGGAAUGGAAAUGUCUUAUUUAUCAGUCCUUGCUCCAAGAACGGGACAAGCUCCACACUCAAGCCAGUAAGGCUGCAGCAGCGACUUCGGAGAUUGCUCAGCUUUAUCAGGAGAUCCUUGGCGAGGCUAAAGAUCUUGAUUGGCGUGAAGCAGCUUUAGAAGCAUUGGUCUCACAGCAGGUCCAAGACGAGACCAGAAGAGCCAAGACACAAAUUAAUGAUGUAUUGAUGGGCUUUGAGGGAAAAUUAAGCACCAGUAAUUGUGAUCUGGUUAAUGCAUUGAUAAAAGAAGCUGAAAUUGCCAUAUCAUCAAUAGUUGCUGCACACGAAUCCACUCAUGAAAUUGCUUCAUUCUCAAAAUCAGGUGGUGGAAAUUCUUACAUCCCAAAAGUUGGUGAUCGUGUCCAUGUAAGAGGAUUGGGAGAUAAAUUAGGAACCAUUGUUGAAGCACCAUGUGGGGAUGAUACUACUCUCGUGCAGUAUGGGAAAGUAAGGCUGCGUGUGGGCAAGAAUGACCUCAAAUUGUUCCCUAUGAGUAAAAGUAUUAGUGCAGUUGAUAGAGUCACGAGAUGGCAAGGACAGGCACCGCGACGAUUUGCAAAGGCCUCUCUGGUGGAAGAAAAAGGCAAUGAAGGAAUGGCCUUCUUUGCACCUGCUGUGCAGACAUCAAAGAACACGGUGGAUUUACGUGGUAUGCGAGUGGAGGAAGCAGCUCACCAUCUGGACACAGCUCUUUCAUCUUGCAGGCCUCUUGAGGUACUCUUUGUUGUUCAUGGAAUGGGUACUGGUGUGGUCAAGGAGCGUGCCUUAGACAUACUCAAAAACCAUCCACGUGUUGUGAAAUUUGAACAAGAAAGCCCUAUGAAUUAUGGCUGUACAAUUGCAUAUAUAAAAUAAAUUGUGAUUUACAUAUUAAAUAUUCACCAUUGUAGAUAUUUUAAUUUUAAAGGAGAAAAUUGGCUUUUGAUUUUCA